AACUUUGAAGUUUUAUACCUGGACUACCGACUACCGGCUCCGUGCCAGCUCUUGGACCUCGAAGCGGUCGCCGCCCUUGACGUCGAGGCGCCGCGCGUGGAAGUCGACGAGGCUCGGCCGGUGGCCCACGGAGACGUAGGUCAGGCCCGGGACCGCGGCGAGCGCGCCGUACAUGGCCGCCUCGUUCGCCAGGUCGAGCGCCGACGUCGCCUCGUCGAGGACGCAGAGCCGCGGCCGCGCGACGAGCACGCGCGCGAAGGCGAGGCGCUGCUGCUCGCCGAGCGAGAGCUCGUCGCCCCAGUCGCGCACCGUGUCGAGGUCCGACGCCGCGAGGCGGCCGAGGCGGCACGUCUCGAGCGCGGCGCGCAGGUCCUCGUCGCGCGCGGCCGCCUCGGCGACCGUCUUCGGGUAGACGAGCUGCUGCCGCAGCGAGCCGAGCGUCGCGUACGGCCGCUGCGGCAGGAAGACGGUCUCGUUCCGCGGGGGGCGCACGACGGAGCCCUCGCCGCGGUCCCAGAGGCCCGCGACGGCGCGGAGCAGCGACGACUUGCCGGCGCCCGACGCGCCCGUCACCAGCAGGUGGUCGCCGCCGCGGACCUCGAGCGAGAGGUCCCCGAAGAGCUCGCGGUUGCCGUCGGGCGUCUCGAGGCGGAGGCCGUCGAUCGCGAGCACGGAGCCGCCCGCGGCCGCCGCCUCGGUCGCCUCGACGCGGCGCGCCGGCGCGGCGCGCGGCUCGUCCCGCAGCACGAAGGUCGCGUUCGCGUCCGUCGCGCACUCGCUCGCGUCGCAGUAGCUCUCCAUGCGCUCGACGAACGUCGCGAGGCGGCCGAGCCCCGCCGAGAACGACGACAGGCCCUCGAACUGGUUCACGAUGAGACUCAGGUCGUUGAGGACGUGGUUGAAGGCGCCCGCCGACCUGUGCGCGACCCAACGUGUCCCACGCCAUCGACGCGCCGUUGAUUUUCACGCCGCCGCCGACUGCGUCACGACGCCGAGCUCGAUCGUGCCCGCGAAGUAGAGCGGCGAGACGACGAGCACGGGCAGGAUCUGCACGAGGUACGUGUACGCCGUCGUGAAGAACUCGAGGUUCCGCUGCGUGCCCAGGAUCUCGCGCUUGUUCGCCACGGCGCGGUCGAGGCGCGCGCCGACCUCCUCGGCCUCGCGGGCCUCGCCGCCGUAGAACGCGAUCGACUCCGCGUUCUCGCGCAGGCGCACGAGGCUGUAGCGCAGGUCCGCCUCCUUGAGCAGCUGCUGCGCGUUCUGGCCGACGACUGCGCGGUGGCCGCGACUCGGUUCGCGCGCGCGAGAAGAGAAGAAGAAAAAAAGGACGCCGGCGCGGGACGCGUCUUGCCCAGGGCCACGGUCGUGAGCGAGCCGAAGGUCGCGUAGGCGAAGAUGGCGUAGAAGAGGUUCGGGUAGAUCGAGUAGAGGAUGCCCGAGAAGCUCGCGAGGUCGAUGACCGCCGUGAGCACCGUGAUGAAGAAGUCGAGCGACACCUUCGUGAAGGCGGCGACGUCCUCGGUCAGGCGCUGGUCGGGGUUGUCGAUCUGCGCGGGACCGCGUCACCUCCACGCGAUCGACGUGAGAUUUCCGCGCCGGCGUUCGCGUCGCGGUCGAGCUCGACGCGGUAGUAGGCGCGGUCCUGGUAGUACUGCUUCGCGAGUUCGCUGGUCAUCCACUGGCGCCAGCUCAGGGCCAGGCGCUGGCGCUGGAACUUGUAGAGCACCGUCAGCGGCGUCGCGACCGCGAGGCCCACCGCGUAGUUGGCCGUCUUCUCCUGGAAGACGGCCAGGUCCUUGGCCGACAGCGCGCUGUAGAAGUCGCGGCCCACGAAGCUAAAGAUCACCGAGACGCCGCUCUGGCAGAGCACGAGGAUGAGCAGGAGGCCGAACUGCAGCUUCGCGCCCUCGGCCUGCUGGAAGUACGGCACCGCGAGCCGCCGGAAGAGGUCGAGGCGUUCUUGGAUCGUCGCGUUGACGCCCAGAGCGCUGUCGUCCACCGUCAGGGCAUCUUUGUCGCUGCUGCUGCUGCUCGGUUCAGCCCUGAGGCGCCGGAGGCUGCUGGCAGCCUGUGGCGCACGUGUUGGCACUGGCACAGGUCGAUACGGCGGCGGUGCAAAUGCGAUAGCGUGCUGCAGAGCUAUGGCUAUGGCCAGCAGCAUCAGUGGACGAUGCAUAUGCUUUGCCUAUAGGCUUUGUUACCGAUGUGCGUGGUUUGGUGGGAG